AUGGUGAUAGCAGGUUUUGUGGGAGAUGCCAAGCUGAUAACGCCCGUGCUAGACUUCACUGGAGUCUGCCGAGAGCUCGUUACAUACUUCAUGAAUCUGGGUGUCCCGACCGCCACGCAGCGUGUUCACCUAAAGAAAGGCUGGUCCUCCCCUGCUCCCCUGCUGAAGCUGUGCAACGGUGCGGGCAAACAAAUAACUUCAGGGGCCGAAAGCCAAGUGAUGGGGGACCUUGUCGGGGAGCUGGAGGGUGUUGCAUCAGCCAUGCUGCGAGGUUAUUUCACAGAACCCAUGUUUUUGAGGGAAGACAUGUUCGUUUCAGUUGUGUUCUGUUUUUCUGUGAAAAGGAACAGCAAUCCUUUCUUUCAACUUGUGAAGUUACGGAAACUUGGACUUAGUGAUAAUGAAAUCCAGCGGCUGCCUCCAGAAAUAGCGAAUUUCAUGCAGCUGGUAGAACUUGAUUUGUCUCGUAAUGAUAUUCCUGAAAUACCAGAAAGCAUCUCAUUCUGCAGAGCACUACAGGUAGCAGAUUUCAGUGGGAAUCCACUGACUAGGUUGCCCGAAAGCUUUCCUGAAUUACAGAAUCUAACAUGUCUUUCAGUAAAUGACAUCUCUCUGCAAGCACUACCUGAAAACAUUGGGAAUCUUUAUAACCUGGCUUCACUGGAACUUAGAGAAAAUUUGCUGACAUAUUUACCUGAAUCACUUGCCCAGCUGCAGCGACUAGAAGAACUUGAUUUAGGAAACAAUGAACUUUAUCACUUGCCAGAAACAAUUGGUGCACUUUUCAAUCUUAAAGACCUCUGGUUGGAUGGAAACCAAUUAGCUGAAAUACCUCAGGAAGUAGGAAACCUGAAAAACCUGCUUUGUCUGGAUGUUUCUGAAAAUAAAUUGGAAUGCCUUCCUGAAGAAAUUAGUGGUCUGACUUCUUUAACAGACUUGCUUGUUUCUCAGAAUGUACUUCAGGUCUUACCUGAUGGCAUUGGAAAAUUGAGGAGGCUUUCCAUUUUGAAGGUUGAUCAGAACAAACUUAUUCAACUAACAGAUUCAAUUGGAGACUGCGAAAGCCUUACUGAACUAGUUCUAACAGAAAAUCAACUGCAGUCAUUGCCGAAGAGCAUCGGAAAACUAAAGAAGCUGAACAAUUUGAAUGCCGAUAGAAACAAAUUAACAUCUUUGCCCAAAGAGAUUGGGGGGUGCUGCAGUCUUAACGUCUUUUCUGUACGUGACAAUAGAUUAUCUCGAAUUCCCUCUGAAAUUUCACAAGCCACUGAACUUCAUGUCCUGGAUGUUGCUGGAAACAGGCUGACGUAUCUUCCCCUUUCACUGACUACCUUAAAGCUGAAGGCUUUGUGGUUGUCUGAUAACCAGUCCCAACCUUUGCUGACAUUUCAGACUGACACAGACCCUGAAACAGGAGAAAAGAUUUUAACAUGUGUAUUACUUCCUCAAAUGCCUUCUGAGCCUGGUCACCAAGAUAACCUACCACGAUGUGGUGCACUGGAGAGUUUGGUAAACGAAAUGUCAGAUGAAACAUGGAAUGAGCGGGCAGUGAAUAGAGUCAGUGCAAUUCGCUUCUUAGAAGAUGAAAAAGAUGAAGAGGAUAAUGAAAUGAGAACACUUCUAAGGCGAGCCACUCCACACCCUGGAGAAUUAAAGAACAUGAAAAAGACAGUGGAGAAUUUACGGAAUGAUAUGAAUGCUGCUAAAGGACUGGAUUCAAACAAAAACGAGGUCAAUAAUGCCAUUGACAGAGUGACCACUUCUGUGUAGAGUUUCAUCUCCAGGUUUUACCUCCUGUGUCUUCCCCUGCUGUUGAAAUGUUACUGUCGUCUUCUGGGACCUCACUGAGCCCCUUUUUGUUUUUAACCAGAACCUGAUUCAUCAUCUCCAUAUAUGUGAAAAGUGCUGCCCACUGGAAGAAAGUGCCUUAUUUCAUCCAGGCAGUGAACCAAUAAUUUCCAAAUAAAUAUUGUAAUAUUAAUAGUGCUAGGCUUUUUUAAGUAGAAUACACUACUGUAUGCAGAAUACAAUAUUUUUGUCUUAAACACAGGGGUAAUAAUGCUUUCCUUUUCCAGAGUGCUGGGAUAUCUUUUUCCCAGUGGCUGGAUGUGCUGGUGAGAAAUAUAGUUUUGUGGAAAAUUGAUACACUUUUUUAUUUUUUUGGCAGCUCAGAUGGUGUAAAUUUUAAAUUUUUGUAUAGGACUUUCAUAACAAAAUGAUGUAUUUCAUUUUUAAGAGAAAAUUUAUCUUGAGCGGUACAUAUUUUAGUAUCUGUGGAAGAGAACAAGUUUCAUGGACAACUGUAUUCAUUCGCUUGUACCACCCAUUGUGCCUUAUUGUGUCUUGUAUGUCAUAUUAGUCUUAAAUAUAGCAAUUCUUGAGGAAAGUGAGUGGAUUUAAACUUGGUCUCCUGUUUUAAAUAUGUUUUUCCUUUUGGACAGUAAUUUGUUGGGAUUUUUACAGCAGAGAACUUAUGUUUAUAUCAUGGGAUUUUAGGUCGUGAAGCACAAAUGUUAGUUUUGUUGUAAACAGAAUUAAGAUUUAAAUGACCAAACUGCUAUUGUUUAUUACAUGAUGCACUCACACUUUAACUUAGUUGUAAUGAAACAUCUUGUUUUGGAUGCUGUGUUGCAUUGCAGUCACUAGAAAUUCAUGCUUCCGUUGUUUUUUUUUUUUAAAUGUGCCAUCUGUAAAAUAACUUGAAAAACAGCACGGUAGACUUUCUGAAGCACAGUAUGAAACUAGUUUUAUGUAUUACACAAGAAAGCAUGAUUCUUUAAAGUGCUUUGGUGGUUUUAUAUAAAUAUAUAAAACCAUAAUAAAAAAAAUUCUUUAAAAGCUUCA